UCGGCGAACAAAUCUCUAAGGAUCUGCAGACCCAGUAGUCGCUGUCUGAUUCAGUCCCAAAGUUUUAUUUACAGACUCUUGCUUCAUACCAUCUAAAAAUCGGACCAGAUAUUGUGAGGUAAAAUGAACUACUUGUGCGUUUUUCUGCUGUGCGCUUCCUUUGCAAACUGUUUGAAUCUAUCGCCUGCGACGUACAAGCAGCACUGGCAGAAGUGGAAGUCUUUUUAUGGCAAGGAAUACGAGUCAGAAAUUCAUGACAAUGCCCGCUUCUCAAUAUGGCAGAACAAUUUAAAGUAUGUUUUAAAGCAUAACUCAGAAGAACACUCCUACACCUUGGCCAUGAACCAGUUCGGUGAUCUGACAGUCGACGAAUAUCGAUCAUUUAUCCUAGGAGUUGGUUCUCAUUUUCCAAACGAAACAGAACGUCGCGGUUUUACCUCUCUUCCUUUUAGUGAACUGACCCUACCCCCCACGGUAGAUUGGAGGACGAAGGGAUAUGUCACUCCUGUCAAGAAUCAGGGUCAGUUGGGUGCUUCAUGGGCGUUCAGUGCCACAGGGUCACUGGAAGGACAACAUUUUAAGAAAACAGGAAAACUUGUCUCUCUUAGCGAACAGAAUCUACAAGACUGCUCUGGAUGUGGCAAGGUGUCUCCUCCCUUGAUGGGAUUUAUAGACUGUGCAUUCUUAUAUGUCAAAGAAAACGGUGGCAUAGACACCGAAGCCGGUUACCCGCAUCCAUGUCCAAAGAGUUGUUGCUUUGAAAAAGCUUACAUAGGUACCACCUGUACUGGUUAUGUUGAUAUCCAGCAAAGAAGCGAGUUAGCUCUUCAGUCUGCUGUGGCCGAAGUGGGUCCCAUCUCAGUGAUCAUCGAUGCCAGUCACGCUUCAUUCCAGUUUUAUCACAGUGGGGUGUACAAUGAACCUGCCUGUAGCAGUUAUCAGCUGGACCACGCAGUACUCGUUGUUGGUUAUGGAACUUACCAAGGACAGGACUACUGGCUGGUGAAGAACUCCUGGGGAAAGAGCUGGGGCAUGGAAGGGUACAUUCUGAUGUCGAGGAACAACAAAAACCAGUGUGGAAUCGCCUCGAGCGCCAGCUACCCUCUUGUUUAAUGGAAACCUGUCAAAGACUUAAAAUAAUGGA